AUGUCAUUUGAUUGUGAUGAAAUUGUGAUACUUGAACCUGGAAAUGGAUCCGCUUCUGAUAUUGCGGUGGAAGUAGAUGAAUUGUUUGGAACUGAAUUGUGUUUGAACAUUUCAGUAAAUUUGAAUCCUCCACUCCCAAAUGAGGAAGCACCUUCACCGAUGUUUACUGAAAUAGAUUGUGAGAUUGUAGACUCUAUAUGUGAAGAAGGUUCAAAGUUGGAAGAAGGGUCGAUGUCUCUAGAAAUGAAUGUGGAUAACAUACGUAUAGGGUCAAAAUUUAGGACAAAAGAAGAACUACAACUUGCUGUCAAGAAAUAUUGUAUUGCACAACAUUAUCAAUUUGUUGUAAUUGAAUCGAAUCAAGAUAUGUGGUAUGUAAAAUGCAAACAAUGGAAUGAUGGUUGCAAGUGGAGACUUCAUGCUCGUCGACGUAAAUCUCAUGGAAUGUUUGAAAUCAGUGUACUUGAGAAGGUUCAUUCGCGCUUAUAUGUCGAGCUUACACAGGAUCACUCACAAUUGAACUCAAAUUUUAUGUGCAAUGAAAUUCAGAAUAUUAUUGACGGUACACAUCUGUAUGGCAAUUAUAAGGGAAAAUUACUUAUUGCCACCACAAUUGAUGCAAAUGGACAUAUAUUCCCUAUUGCUUUUGCUAUUGUGGAAGAGGAAAAUACUUCUAUCUGCAAUCAUGUUCACUUGUCAUAUUUGCCUUAUGUCGAGAAGUAUUACGAAUUAUCACGGUACAAACUUUGUUAUGCAUAUCGAUUCUACCCUAUACAACAUAGGGACUAUUGGCCGGAAGUGAAGUUUGACGUUAUUCAUCCGAACCCAAAUUUGUUGAGGGAACAUGGACACCCAAAAACUUCUGCAUUCACAAUGAGAUGGAUUUGCGGGAGAUGGAUACGAAAGUUCAUUGUGGAAUAUGCAAAAAAGAAGGACAUAACAAACGUACAUGUCCAACUCGCAACUCUGGCGCUUCAUCUUCGAGACAAAUGGGUGAUUAAGGUUGAAGCAUAUGCGGUGAUAUCCUUCUCAAUUAGUUUGGGAUUGUUGCUUUCCUCCACAAUCCGCUACAAUCGCCUGCAGUUUCUCCGAUGCCCUAACUCUAAUGGCGUCGUUGUGUUUUUUCCGACGGGACCCAACUCCGAUCAUGUCGGGUUUCUGGUGGUUUCCGGUGGUGGUUCGGGUUUGCGUGUUCAGGCGGAUUACAAUGACGAGGUUUUCAGUGUGGAAGGUGAAUUUAAUUACCAGAUUUUUGGGAUUUCUGUUAACCCUGUUUCGGGAUUGGGUCUUCAUGGUGAUUCUGCUGUUGAUAUUGGGUUUUUGUUGGCUUAUACUAUGUAUUCUGUUGAAUGGUUUGUUGUGAAAAAUAAUGCAAUUGAUUCGAGUUCGCCUGGGGUUAGUUUAGUUCAUAUGGGUAGCAAGGUUUUUAAGACUUGCUGUGUUGUUAAUGCUUGUUGGAGUCCGCAUUUGUCUGAAGAAAGUGUGGUUUUGUUGGAGGAUGGUAGCUUGUUCUUGUUUGACAUGGAGCCUCUGUUGAAGACUAAAAAUCUUGAUGCGAAUGGGAAUUUCAAAGGAAUUAGGUUGAGGGUGCCGUGGGAUAGUUUAGAUUGCUCGAAAGAGGUGAAAUGGUUGGGUUGUGAGUUCGGUUGGCAUCCUAGAAUCUUGAUUGUUGCACGUUCUGAUGCUGUUUUCUUAGUUGAUUUAAGGGAGGACGAGUGUUGCAUUUCUUGCUUGGUUAAGAUAGAGACAUUCCGCACAUACUCUUUGGCUGAAAAGGAACAAUUCCUUGCAUUUUCGAAAGCUGGUUCUGAUGGUUUCUAUUUCUCUGUGGCUUCAAAUAGUCUACUAUUUCUUUGUGAUGUGCGUAAACCGAUGACACCGGUAUUGCAAUGGAAUCAUGGUGUUGAUGAACCUAGCUACGUGAAUGUUUUUAGCUUGUCUGAUUUGAGGUCAAACACAGGCAAUAGUAUGUACAAAUUAGCUACUGAGUCGGGCUAUUGCAUUGUACUCGGAUCCUUUUGGAGUUGUGAGUUUAACAUGUUUUGCUAUGGACCUUCCCUGCCAGUUCUUGACCAAUCUGUUUCUUCAAGAAGUUUGAAAUAUUUCCAGUCACUUUAUGCUUGGGAUCUUCCUUCGAAUCUCAUAUUAUCAGGUCGAGAGUGCCCGUGUGGAAGUUGCCUUGUGAGACAAGAAACUUUGAAGGAUGCUAUUCCUGAAUGGGUGGAGUGGCAGCAGAAGAAGGAAAUAGUGUUGGGCUUUGGCAUUCUAGAUAAUGAUCUCUCUCUACCACUUGCAGGACAAAAUGAAUUUGGUAGUUUUACACUUGUUAGACUUAUGUCAUCUGGGGUGCUUGAAGCGCAAACUUACCAAGCUUCUUGGAAAUCAUUGAAGCGGAUAGACGAAUCUCAUAAAGAAUCAUUGAAUCUUAAUGAUUAUUUAUUAUAUGGGUGGUUGGUUGAUGAUAAAUAUAGAUUCAGCAAAAGAUUCAGGUACCUUAAUUUUGACUACCUUUUGGGAUAUUUAAAUGAUAACUUAGAUGAAGUUCUAGAUUCAUACAUGAGGAAGUCUUGUAAGGAUUCUAUAUGCGAGCGGUCUUUGACCCCGGAAAUUCAUGAAGUUUUGUGUGAGAAAUUAAAAGCUUGUGGGUUUGAUCGGUUAAGGUCAUCUCCAGCACUUGCUGUUGUAUUCAAUGACAUUAACUUGCCUGCAAGUAUAAUAGAGAUUGCUUUCAGGAAAUUGUGGGCAAGCUUACCCAUGGAACUUUUACAUUUUGCAUUCUCUAGUUACUCUGAAUUCCUCGAGAACAAGAAUGCAUUAUCUUUAGAAUUUUUAAGCAUUCCUAGCCUACAUCAGUUGCCUCCUUUUAUGCUAAGGGACCCUUCGAGCCGCAGUAAUAAGUGGACACGUAAAGUGCAGCGAACUGAGAGUCUUGUGGGUCCAGUACUUCCUCUUCCCGUUCUGCUCGUAUUACAUGAGUACCGUAAUGGAUGUUCAAAGUUUGAAGAAGAAGAAGCAGGGAAAUUUUCAUUAGAAGCAGAACUUGGUGAGCAAUAUGAACAAAUCAGGUCUGCAGCUAGUGAGAUGGCUGUGUCACCUUUUGAACCUAAGGUUGAUUAUGGUUCUGUCAUGUCUCUUGCUGAUGAUCGAGAUAACGUUUCUGCUGAUUCUCAAAAGCCAAAGAAUUUUGUUUCAUAUCACCCAUCUGCCUUCAAUUGCCAUACUUCGAAUAACACACAAGGAAACUUGACUAAUCUUACCAAUGUAUUUGAUUCCUUAAUAUUCAAACUAGAAGGGGGAAAGGCUACAUCCACUGAGAAGUCUGAAAAUGAGGCCAGUAGAGAACUGUAUGAUGGUCUCUGCCCUGUCGAAUUGAAAUUUGGUGCUCACCCGGUGAACUUCGGGGAAAAAGAACUGAAGGCAUAUGGCUUGCUGAAAAGGCAACUGUUGAAAUGGGAAGACAGUUUUGAUUCAUAUAUGGAAUUUUGCUCUAAGAUUUGAUUUCCACGGUCAGUUUGCUUGAAUUGCCGAAGCUUCAUUUAAAUAUCCUGAUAAACUAUUAUAGUAUUAUGUGAACAAGUAACAGGUAUUUGAAUGACAUAUAAGGAUUAGAGGUCCUAAUUACAAACUCUUGCUAAAACUGGCGUGGAAGAACGAGACGGCGUGGAACUGCCUCAACUACGACCGACUCAAGGAUUGUAGAAAAGGAAACAAUGGAUGGACACCUUUGGAAUCUAUAAGUGGGGACGAGAUGAGGAUACAUACACAUUCCCAUCAAGUUUUCAAAACGAAGACGAUGAAGAAACUGAGUCGAGGAGGAGCACAUCUUCUCGAAAUGGGAGUCAAGAAGGAUCCAUUGCCGAGCCAGAGCUCCUUCCUCUCCUCGUCAACCCAAGAUUCGGCGAAUAACUUCAGAAACUUCUACAGAUUUAGGAUUUACAAGAAAGUCUCAAACUGUAAAAAUUUACAAAGAUAUAUUUAAUGAUUUCAAAGAUCCAAAAUAGAAGGGUGAUCUCACCAAUUCAUCAAGCUACAAUGAUGACAUUCUACUUUAUUCACAGAGUAUAUCGAAGAAAUUGAGAAAGACUGACAACUGGUUAAUAGUGGUUCGACCAUUAUAUGGUCUACGUUCACUCUCACAAGGUAGGGCUUUCUGAGCUUUCAUCAAUGCAUCAAGGAGGAAGAUGGUUACAGAGAUUUAAAAUAAAAGCUAAGAGGGAUGCUGCUGUCUGGAUUUUCUGCCAUCAUUGAGUUGAAUGAGGGUCUUGUUCUUUUACAUUAUUUCUCAAACUGAAGGCAGGGAUUUCGCGAACUCCAACUUUGUUUGAGAAGUCUCUAAAAGUUGCCUUGGCAAGGGGCUUGGUGAAGAUACUUGCAAGUUGUUGGUGAGAUAGACACAUAUCGAGUGACUAAUAAAUAAUGAUCCAAGUGCUACCUUCUCUCGUACAAAGUGAUAGUCAAGUUCAAACAGUAUGAGCAUGGAAAACUGGGUUCUUGGACAUUUGAAUGGCACUCGUGUUAUCGCAUAAUUGCUCUGGAGGUUCAUGUAGAGGUAUUCCCAUGUUACGAAAGAGAAAUGUGAUCCAUGUAAAGAGGUACUUUGAGUAUUCAAACUCAAAUGGCACAGUGCCCGAAAUAUGGUGUCAAGUCUCACAGAAGUUACCUCUAAUUAAGCUAAUGAUCAAUCGGGAAAAGAGGCUCAUUCAGAGAGAUGUUAACGAACCAGAUUGCUCUUGUCCCUGUUCAAACCAAACUGGCAUCAGGGCCAUACUAUAAUCCUUUAUUUACAAAUUGCUGGGAGAAUCCAAGUCACUCUACAAAUGGCACGCCAGCUGCGAGACUUCUGAGUUGGAGGUAAUUGACGGCUAUAUGUCUGACUUCUCGUAUUCCUCAGUUAAGCUGGCUCUUCUUCUAACCAAGUAGGUAGAGGUUGCCAUAUUUAUAUGCCUAUUCAACUUUUACUUUGCUUCCCUUUACUCUUUACGGCUUUGUUGGUUAUGUAGAGAACAUAGCCAUACAAAAAUCUGGUAAUAUUUGUAAUCAUUUUUUCAUUUUGUGUGCAUUGUACAGAAUAAGGAUAUGUUUAAUCCUCCCAUUUUCAACUGAAGUUGUUUUCUUCCCCUUUUCCCUUAGUUGUAGUAGGCUUGAGAGAGACAGUGGGGCAUUAGAAACAUGUCCAACAAGCAACUUGGUCUUGUACUUGGUAAAUUUUAUAUGUACUGUAGAUUAUAUUUUAGAUCACUUUUCACUA